AUGUCACCUACACGCAGCGUCAAUGGAAGUGGGAAGACCCCACCUGUUUCACUUCAGUCUACCGACUUCCCUCCGUUGACAUCCUCUGGCUCCUUGGCUGAGAAGAGGCACCCGAUACCUAGCGGUGCCUGGGGCAAUACUUCCAAUCGUUCUGUCCUGGCGGCUCCAGGUUCAAAUAACGGUGUGGAUGGAGAAAGGAACUCUAGCCAUCUGUCGCUCAAGGUCGGGGAUUCCAACAACCCGACCGGUCGACGUCCCGACAAUAACAGCAACAUUAGAGGCAAAGAUGCCACCUCCCACGGCGAAUAUACCGGCAGCGGCAACAACAUGACGACGGCCAUGAUCACCCAAAUGCAAGUCAUGUCGAUCGAAGAAAAGAUUGCGGCUAUCGAAAGUAGAGCGGAUGCCCAGGCAGCGGCAGCGGCGGCGGCCUGUGGUGGUGCUCCUCCGACCACUACUGCGACGGGAAUGGUUGCUUAA